UUGAGGAAGACAAGGACCCACCAGCAGGAGCGUGUCAAAAAGCUGUCAGAAAUGACUUUAAUACAACUUGUACACUAAUAUGAACUAAGAGGACAAAAAAAAACCCACCAUGGUGUAUUUAGGAGUAUGCUGCGCCAGCCUCAAGGACAACAAAGCCCUGAUGAAGAUGGGGCUGGGGCUGGUGUUGGUGGGCCAUGUCAACUUUCUUCUUGGAGCACUGGUGCACGGCGCUGUGCUCAGGCACAUCAACGUGCACUCUCAGGCCCGGACCAUGGUCUACGCCAUCUCUAAUGUCAUUGCCAUCGUGGCAGGCUUGGUGGGAAUUAUUGGUGGAAUAACAGCCAUUGUCUUGUCCAAAAACAAGAAAAACAGGAUCCUGCAGUGGGUCCUGUUGGUCUUCGGCUUCCUGGCUGGUCUCUUGGCAGUUGCCUCCACCUUGGGCUUGUCAGUUUCGAUGGUAAAAGCCAUUAUGGAUAAAGGCAAGGGUCUGCUAACACACUGCAGGAAUUCUAAUAAUAAUGUUGGCUCUUCCAGCAUCACAUAUGAAUGCCCCUUUGACCCCACCCGUAUCUAUGCGACCACAAUCAUUCUGUGGGUGCCCCUCAUCUUGAUGUCUGUGGUGGAAAUGGUGUUCUCCUUCCGCUGCUUCGCUGCCUGCACUACGCUCCUCUACCUCUGUCCCUGCAGGAGGAGGCCGAUCCAGGCUAAGAGGGUGCGUAUCCAAAGACGCAUUGAAACCCCAACGCCAGCACGGGAUCCAGAGAUCAGCGCUGAAGCUGAGCCUGCAGAGCGGGAUGAACUGCUGGACGGCAACACCGCAGUGGAGCAGAGUGAAUGGCUCUGAAGCAGCUAAACCUAAUGAGAUAGGUUGCAUACUGCUGGGAUCAACUGGAUAAGAUGCAGCUUCAUCUGUGGAGUUAUUGCACAUCACAUGUCUGUUACACACUACAUGUCUGAAGAAGACAUUUGUGGGACAUAAGCCAGGAAAAGCAAUAACAUUUUAUUUACCUUUACGUAAAAAGGAGGAAUUUUUUUAUCUGCUGUUGGUUUGGUUUGAAGUGGUCAGCUUUUGUUUGUAUAGAUUUUG